CAGGAACACGAAGCCUCGUUCGGGGAUCUACGGAAUGAGACGAGGAUGACGUCGACAUCGUGACGCCGUCAAUGUGCGCCCACAAUUUGUUGCCUGUAUCCUCAAAUUAUGGCGAGACAAAACUCUUGCCAUCCCAAUAUCGAGGAGACUCCGGUGGAGGUACAAUCCUAAAUACAGUAUAUAGCUGCAGUUGAGCAACUCAGUAAUCCCAAUUUCUCAUCUGUUGUAUCUGUGACAUUUAACAGGAAGACAUAGAAUACAACUGCUUUUCUUGAUUCAAAAAACCCCAAAACAACACACUGUACCGUACUUGGUAGUGAAGAAGACCAAUAGGGAAAAGUGGAGUCUUUGGGAUGGGGUUAAAGUGCAAAAGGAGGACGUCAUGGUUCACAGCAAUUCUGCUUCCCCAAUGAAAACAACAUCUAUUUCAACUAAUAUAACUGAGGCAGCACCUCCUCCAGUGCUGCCUCUGAAAGAUACUGUCAAAGACCUCACUCAUAGCCCUGCAAAGCUCCUUGCCUCAGUUGGGUCAGAUGUUACCCCCAUUUCAGACACCACACAGCCUUCUACUCAGAUUCCCGAAGAUGAUAAGCCCUCAGUUGUAACCCCGCUAAUAGCACUUAAAGGGAAUUUGCCGUCCGCUACACAGUCAACAAAUCCCACUCAGGGAACAGUCAAUGGCCGCACAUCAGGCAGAAAGAGGGUUCCUAAGGCCUGUGACUGCUGUGGCCCCAACAGCAAAGGACACAAUAUCAGACCUCCUGGCAGAGGCAGAGGGAGGGGGAGGGGAAGGGGACGAGGUAGGGGAAGGGGAGCUGGAUGGCACCUUCAGGACACCCCAAAAAGGCAAGACGGGGACAAGUUGUUGAUAAUUAAUGACUUUGACCUGACGGAAGGUAAAUUAAGGGAAACAAGGGAAGAAAAUGACAACUAUGGGAACAAUAAAACCUCAAAUCCACAGUCAGAUUCUGCUGCUCCUUCAAAUGUCCAUGUCAGUCCUCCAGAUGGACCAGUAACAAACUAUGUUGUGCAAAAGAAGGAGAACAUAUUGACAGUCAUUUCACGGGUUGCUGAAACAGAACGAAAAAAGAUCGGGCAGGUGUUGUCCCCAGGAAUGACUGGCAGAAGUAUGGUGCUUGUAAGAGGGAGAGGAGGCGGUAAACCUGGCCGGGGAGGAAUGGCAGGUCCUUUGGCAUCGAAAAUGAUCAUUGGAAUCAAACAAGGUAUUGGAAAUGAGGUUGUUAUCUGUUCUGAAGCCCAGCCGCAGAUAUACUGUACAUUGGAUUUAUCACAGAUUGGAAAUAAAGAUGAGAUAAGUUUGUCUGCGACAAAAGCUGAAGAAACAAUUGAUGACAUAACCAUUUUGACCGAAGCAGGAAACGGAACACUUUGCUUAUCAGGAGAGUCCACCUCUCCUUUAAGGCCAGGAUGUCUUCCAAACCACGAAUCGGAGAUGCAGGUAGAGCAAGAGAAUGAGAGGACAGACCUUUCAUCCCUAUGUUUAUCACCUACUCUGUCCAAUGGAAACGCCAGUUCACCCACAGACCUCGACCACAGAUCCACACCCAUGGACACGGACAAUCCAGUGGCGGUUUGUUCAUACAACGGUCCUAUCGCGGUGUGCAGCAGUAUGCACAGCUGCGCGCUGAGAGACCACAGGUUGUACUGUCAGCCUGGAACCUGGGAAAAAGGGGAAACACCCAAUGAUGAUCUGUCAAAUGAAGCAAAUGCACAAGAGACGGAUGCAACGGCACAGAAUGGUGAUAACCUGGAGCGGCUUAUUCAUUUGGUCCAUGAGUUUCUGGAGAGCUUCUACUUAAAAUAUGGCAGUUUCAUUCCUGUCAGUGAGACAGAUGUCCUGGAUUACCUGAAGGAGAAUGGCGACAGUGACGACCUCGCCAACAAGAGACUGAACGUCCUGGAAGAGAUGAAGCGGUACAAAGCAGCGCUCGCCUCUGCACCUGUUGCUAGCUUUAUGGUCAUGUACAACAAACACACGUUGAGCCUUGAAGACCUCAGCACGCUGGAGGAACAGAAUUGGCUAAAUGACCAGAUUAUCAACACAUAUGGAGAAUUGAUUAUGGAAGCAACACAACACAAUGUUCAUUUUUUCAACAGUUUCUUCCAUAAGCAGUUGGUUGCCAAGGGUUAUGAGGGUGUAAAAAGAUGGACCAAAAAAGUGGAUUUGUUCUCCAAAUGGCUACUGCUCUUUCCCAUACACUUAGAAAUCCAUUGGUCGCUUGUCACCGUCACCAUGGCAACCAAGACCAUCAAUUACUUUGACAGCCAAGGCAUCGUCUUCCGACACACCGCAGAUAACAUCAUGAAGUAUCUUCAGUCAGAAGCCCAAGAACAGAAAAAGGCUGAUUUCCUGAAAGGCUGGAAGAUUGCAAUCAUCAAGGGUAUUCCUCAGCAGAAGAACGAUAGCGACUGUGGCGUUUUUGUCCUUGAGUAUUGCCGUUGUCUCUCGGUGAAGCAGCCCCUACUGUUCAGUCAGGAGGACAUGCCUCACAUUCGCAAACGGAUCUACAAAGAGCUCUGCGACCGACGCCUCAACUCUUAAAGGACUGAGAAAUGCCCCCCUGAGCUCACCUUACCUAUUUACAUGAGGAGAGCUGCCAAAGCUUGGCAGACAGAUCUUACUUUUAAUGAGCGUCUGUUACAUGAGAUCCACACAAGAACUACUGACGUGGCCUCCUACUGAUGCUGGACUCUUACGUUUUCACGUUGCCUUUUCUUUAUGCAUUUAGCAUGGCCAGUCGCUCUUCUUCGGACCCUUUCUUGCUCGGACCAACUGCGUGGAUUCCAAACGGAGCGGCCAUUUUAAACUUCAUGGCUUUUAAAACAGCGGCGCCUCGUGUCUUUAUGUCUUCGAACAUGUAAUUUCGAGAAAAGGUGGUGCGAUUUAGUGGACCAACCGUUCACCUAAAACUUGAAGAUGGCCGUUGGGUCCUUUGCUUCCUGGACUGCUAAUAUUUGCACGGUUAUCGGAGCUGAAGAGUUUAGAAUAUCAAACGAUUGUACUGACCCCCGUAGCUAUCCUUGCUGUCUCUGCAGGGCGCUGACUUCUUAGUAUAGAAGCUGACAACAAACGUUGGCUGUGGCUGAAACAGGGAUAUACAGUAUAGUUGACUCCCUUUUAGAUUAUCAGGUUUUUGUCAAAUUACACCUAAACUUUUCUUCUUGAAA